GUGUAACAAGUAGAUCGAUACCCCGCCCCAAAAAUUCGCAGAAAAGGGAUCAGACAAACAUCCACACUCUAGGACAGAGCAAACACCAGAACAACAACUAGCUUUUGCUCUUUAAUGCUCUCUCUCUCUCUCUCUUCCCCAAAACUCGAUACUCUUGAUUCUCUUUCAUAUUUUCAUGAAAGCAGGAAAGAAACCCUUGCUUCUUUAAAGGAAAAAUUCAAAGAAUCACUUUAAAUUUCCCUUUUGCAGUGUCUCUGAUGAUGACAAUAAUAGGUGAUUUAAGAUGAGAUUAUGGCUGCUGUGUUGUUAUCAGAUAUUAUGGCUCAAAACAACAACAACAACAGCAAUGCCAGUGAUGAUGUUAAACCCACCAUUUUACACGACUUUCUUGGCCGGGGAUGUGCUCCGGUGACCAAGAUCGCCGCCGCUAGUGAUGUUGCUAGUGCUUCCUCCCCUUCUGCUUCCGUCUCCGGUGGUGGUGGUGGCCGUGGUGGUGGGCCGGUCUCCACCACUUCUGAUCUGGGUUCUGAAAGACAAGCUGGGUUACACCUCGAAGGGGUGCCAUUCUAUGGUCAAAAAACCGAUUUUUCAACAUCCCAGAUUAGGUAUUCCGGGACCAAACGCAGCAACUCAGAUUCUAUUUUCAUGGCGCCUUCAAGAGAAGCCAUCCCACAAUUGCGACCAGAUUUUCCUGAAACCUCACACUUAAUGAAGAUGCUGAGAAAUGUAGGAGGAGAACGCCAUAGAUGGCCUCAUGAGGAUGAAUCAUUCAUGGGUAUGCAUCAAAUGAGGCCAACAUCAUCAUCAUCUCUAAUGCUACAACAACAACAACAACAACAACAACAACAACAACAACAACCUGGUAAACCUGAUCAUGCAAAUUCAUCAAAAUGGGAACGAGCCAUUCCUGUAAACGUUGGGCCUGUACUUCAGUACCCUCCACCUGCUGCUGCUCAAGUUGUACAGUACAAGUAUCAACCUGUUCAAAACAGAUUCAAAGAUGCCAAUAGCAAUAUGAAUAUGAAUGUGAAUGUGGGUCCCUCUUUGAUUUCCCAAUCAGCUGCUGAUGAAGGCUCCAGAACUGGAAUCAAAGGCUCUGGGAUUUUCACCUCCUCCGCCAAUGGUGGUGGCGGCAGUGGUGGCGGUGGAGUGGCUGAGCCAGGCGGCAGUAAACAAAAGUCAGUGAUUGGUAAUACUGAUUCAGGCUCUACCCCAACUCGCCAGAUGACUAUAUUUUAUGGUGGUCAAGCUCAUGUGUUUGAUGAUGUCCACCCAAACAAGGCAGAUGUAAUAAUGGCUCUAGCUGGAUCCAAUGGUGGAUCAUGGUCUACAAGUUUCUUACCCAAUCCAUCUAUAAAACCAUCCGGAGGCCAAGUGAUGAAAGAUGGAGAACAGAAGAGUGAAGAGAAGCAGUGAUUAAUUAAUUUAGGAACUUUUAAAGGUACCUCA